UCAAUAAGAUUAUUAUAUUGGCUUGUCUAGUUGAUGCAAAAGUCUAUAUUAAUAAAUGCUGAACGCGACCCAAAACCCCAGGGGUUCUCAUCUCAUUUGACAUUUUAGACGUCAAGUAGUUGUCCCAAAUAUUUAUAGGUUAAUUACAUUUUUUAGUUUUUAUUUUUAUCAUUAAUUUUACCUGUGAUCUAUUUAAUAGUAUGAAUGAAUCAUGCUUUAUCCAAAAGUUGCGUUAAAUCAGUAUAAGAAUUGUUAAAACAUAUUAGUGUGUAGUUUCCUUAUCAAACAGUGAAGUCAAAUCGUCAAAUGGAUCAAUCUGGUUUAGAAAAUGUACCUGAAAACAGUAAAGUUCUAGAGUUACUCAUUGAGAGACUAAAAUCAGAGAAAAAACAACUGCAAGAUGAAUUUAAUGUGCAAAGAGCAAAACUCAAGGACCUAUACCUCCAGAAAGAAGCUGAAUUACAAAGAAAAACUGAAGAAAACCUAGAUCUUUCUAAACAGGUGUCCAAAUUAAAUAAUGAACUUGAUGAUUGCAAAAGUCAGUUAGUUGUGGAUAGUAUCACAUUAGAAUCAAACUUGGAAGUUGAGAAACGAAAAGCGGCAGAAGAAAUUGCUACUCUUCAAAGGCUAGUACAUGAAACUAUAGAAGAAUCUAGCUCAACAAGAACCUUGUAUGAUGACGAACUAGCAAAGUUACAAUCCUAUAUUCAGCAGCUUCAAAAAGAAAUAACUGAUUUGAAGCAUGAAAAAAACCAGUCACCUCAUCACUUAUCACAGGAGCAUAGUAGUCUAGCACCAAGUCAGGUUUUGAAUGUUUUAACCAAAGGAUUGAAAAAACUAGGGGAGAGUAUUGAUGUAGAUUCUAAAAAGCCUCAAGAGGAUUCUGAUGUUCUGAGCUCUUUAGUGGAACCAUUAGCAGAUCAAAUAAAUGCUUUGAAGGAAAAACUGAGAGCCACAGAUGAACAGUUGCAAAAGUGCAAGGAAUGUGGACAUCAACAGGUUACAUCAGAGAAAGAGACUGGUGACCAAUCCUCCCAGAAACAUGUACAACUGGAUGCAACCACAUCAACGAAUACCUCCUUCGAAUCCCAAAAGCUUUUUGGCUGUGACAUGUGUAGCAACUACGAGGCUGAGUUGGUUAAAGAGCAGAAGAAGACUAGCGACUUACAGGCAAGGGUGAUAGCAUGUGAAAAAGCAGCUGAAAGGCAUAAAGAAGAGCUGUUGAAGGAGAUUGGCUUCAGAAAAGAGAUGGAGGAAAAGUGGAAUGAGAAGAAGGAGGAACAUAAACAACAGGUCGCAGAACUAACGAGGGCUACAGAAUGUACUGAACAGGAUCUCAAGGAAUUAAGACAGCACUUCAAUAAAGUAUGCUCAGAUAUGAAGAUUACAUUAGGGAGAUUGACACAUGAGAGGGAGAUGAUCCAUCAUGAACUUCAAAGGUUGCAGAAGGAGAACGCCAACUUGAUAGGAAAAUAUACAAUAUGUUCACAAGAACUGCAGAGCCAAAUGAUAAACCUUCCAGAUACAAUCGAGGAAUUACAUGAAUUACUCCUAAAAACCCAUCAAGAGUUGAUAAUGGAAAAAAUUGGUAAAGAAGCAGCUGAACAGACUGUUAAUACACUCCAGUCAGAAAUAUCUUUAUUGAAAGAUAGAAUAACAAAUGAUCAACAAGAACGGAAAGGAAUGGAAGAAAGUCUUGAUUUAGAAAUAAAAGCUUUAAGAAAGCAAAUAGACCAGCUGGACAAAGAAAAAAGAAAAUAUUUGCUUAAUCAAGAAAAACUCGCGAAUGCAGAAAAAUCAAACAAUGAUAUUGUGACUGAUCAGAAGAAGAGAAUAGAAGAACUGUCAGAGAUAGUGAAAACUUUGGAAAGUCAAAAUACUGAAUUGAAAACCAGAGUUUCUUCUUUGCAACAAGAACUGGAUACGACAGAAACAGUGCAGAAAGACUUUGUACGGUUGUCUCAAAGUUUACAGGUCCAACUGGAAAAAAUCCGCGAAUCUGACACUCAAGUGCGAUGGCAGCAUGAGGAAGACGUAGAGGAAUGUCCGUCAUGCCGUACAGGAUUUUCCUCGUCGCGUAAAAAGAUGCACUGCAGACACUGCGGGCAGAUUUUCUGCGUAGUCUGCUUGACCAGGACGGUGAUGUCGGGCCCCAACAGCAGACCGUCCAAGGUAUGCGACGUCUGCCACACUCUGCUAGUCAAGUCCUCUGCGCCGUACUUCAGCGAAGCACCGCCGACGAUGACGUGAGGUAGAGCUGUCAUAGUUAGACACGUGUUGAAUAAUAUAUGUAAAAUUAUGCUAGAUGAGAUGUAUUUAAAGUCAAUAAAGUCAUUGUAAAGUUUCGUAA